AUGCGUUGCUGUCCUUGGUCUGCUAUAAAUUCCUGGAUCUCUUACAAGCAUUUUCCUUGCACUGACUUCUUCAUAGAGCAAAUCUUCUCUGUGGAGUGUUGUUUAAAGGCAUUAAUGUACUAUGUAGCCCGAUAUCUGGUUCUCAUUAGGACACUGAAUUUUACAAAUUGCAUGAAUUUGGGGAUGACAAUGAAACACUUCUUGUUUUUGGCUGCUGCUGCUGGCUUCCUGCCUGUUUUGAGCAUAAGAGCAAAACCAGCUAGAGUUCCAUAUAAUGCACUCCUCACUGAACUGACAACUGUCCAAGAGGAAAUUGUUACUGUACAUAACACCCUCAGGAGAGGGGUAGUUCCACCAGCCAGCAACAUGCUGAAGAUGAAUUGGAGUGAAGAAGCUGCACGGAAUGCCCGAGUGUCAUCAAACCAAUGUGAUUUGAGAGAGAGUAAUGCACUUCGGAGGCGAAUUACAAAUACUUUUUGUGGAGAAAAUAAGCAUCUGACAUCUUAUCCUAUCUCAUGGUCAAAUGUAAUUGGAAUCUGGUACAGUGAGUCUAAAUAUUUCAAGUAUGGGGAAUGGAUAUCAACAGAUGAUGACAUAACAAUUGAGCAUUAUACUCAGGUUGUUUGGGCCACUUCUUACCUCAUUGGCUGUGGGAUAUCAUCAUGCCGCAAAGGAAAGUCAACACAGUAUCUCUACGUUUGUCACUAUUGUCAUGAGGGAAAUGAGCCUGACAAAGAGAAUAAACCUUAUAAUAUGGGAACUCCAUGUGGAGACUGUCCAAAUGACUGUGAAGAUAAACUUUGUACUAAUCCCUGCCUCUACUAUGAUGAAUACAGUAACUGUACGACACAAAAACGAGUUCUUGGAUGUCGCCACGUGUCGGUUAGACUACUCUGCAAAGCUAGUUGUCUGUGUGACACCGAGAUAAAAUAG